GAAGAUGGAUGCCGUUGACAGGAUGACAUAAUCAACAUGUUCAACCUCCUUGUUCAUCUGCAUUAACAUUCUGGAUGAGCGCAAAAGGGUACUUCGCGUUUCCUCCUUCCAGCACAUCAAGACCACACCCCGCAUUCAUACCGCAGCCCCCCACCACCAGAGAGAAAUUCGUUGACAACGGUGCACCUGGGAAAGGGGACGAGACGCGAAGCGAGGAACCGCCCAACGAUGAAGAGCGUAUCAAUCGACUUCACAAGGAGCGGGCGCUCAUAGAGAUGAGCGAAAUAGAGUGGGUCCGAGGCGGCGGAGUUCUGCGCGAUGCACAAGGGCGUCGUGAUAAAGCCCGUACAGAACGCAUACGCGCAGAGCUCAAGCUGCAAGAAGAAGAAAAAGCAAAAUUGGGCAGAUGGAAGGAGUACGACGAGCUGUGGAAAGCGCUGGUCGCGUCAGACGAGGCUCUUUCGUUCACAGAUAUCCCGUGGCCGCUUCUCACAGCGCCCUCAUCCAAAGAUACCGAUGUUUUCACGUUACCUGCGAUUUCAGAGUUUCUGUUCGAGUCUCUUUCUGUCCGGACUAACACGAUCACGAAGAAGAGUCGGAUCCGCAGCUCGAUAUUGCGGUGGCAUCCUGACAAGAGCUCGUUGGUCGUCAGCAGGGUUGUGGCUGAGGACCUGGAUGCUGUGCGAGAAGGUAUUCAUGCGGUGUUUCACUGCCUCAAGCGUCUACAGGAUGACGAAAGAGACAAUAUUCAUACUGUGUAGCAAACGGAUGCCUUACUAUACCCCGAACGAUCGAAACAAGGCUCGCCGUGGUGCACAUAAAUACAUAGGCUGUUCUCCCCCCAGUAAGUAAGUACUACUUGGUACGUAGUAGUCGGUGAUGACAUUGACUGCGUUCACAAUGAGCCAAAGUGAAGCGCGACUGCUACAUUCACUUAAAGUCAUCGUGUCGCUUCAGACUACUAACCAUUGCAGGCUACAUAUAUGUAUGUAAGAAGAGAAUUUGAAUCAACU